UCUCCGCGCAAUGGCGGCCAAUGGAAAGCCGGGGGACCUGCUCGGCCUCCGUUGAGUCCCGCCCCGUGAGCCGUCGCUCGGCGACCGCGAUGGGCUGUGGGGGCUGCGUGGCGCGGCGGCUCGGCUCGCUGCUGCGGUGCGGGGCCCUGUCCCCGGGCGCGGGGCCGGCGGCGGGCUCGGGGCCCCGGCUUCGGCUGCUGGCCUUGGGGCGGCUUCCGGCGGCCCCGGCGCUCGGUCGGGCCUGCCUGGGCCUGGGCCUGGGUCGCGCGCGCGGCCUGCACGGCGGGCCGGGCCUGCAGGAGCGGGCGGAGGGCGCCGCGGGUCAGGGGCGCCCGGAGUCCGGCGCAGCAGAUCAUCCUGGCCCCAAGUUUGACAUCGAUAUGCUGGUUUCACUGCUGAGGCAAGAAAAUGCAAGAGACAUUUGUGUGAUCAAGAUUCCUCCAGAAUUGAAAUAUACAGAUUACUUUGUGAUUGGUAGCGGAACUUCCACCCGACACUUGCAUGCCAUGGCCUACUACAUUGUGAAAAUGUACAAAUACCUGAAAAGUAAAAGCGAGCCUCAUGUUAAGAUUGAAGGGAAAGACACCGAUGACUGGCUCUGCAUGGACUUCGGUAGCAUGGUGAUUCAUUUGAUGCUUCCAGAAACCAGAGAAACCUAUGAAUUAGAGAAAUUAUGGACCCUACGUUCAUAUGAUGACCAGUUAGCACAGAUAGCACCCGAGACAUUACCUGAAGACUUCAUUCUUGGAAUAGAAGAGGACACUUCUUCAUCCCUGACUCCAGUGGAGUUCAAAUGAGAAUAAAAUGAUAUGAACUACUUUAGUCAUUAUCAGAUUUGGAUUGAGUCACUUUUUAAAAAUAUAGCUCUGAUUGAGCUAUAUCAAUCACCUGAUUGGUCAGGUUGUUGUCAAAACAAGCCUUAUCGGGAUCCUUGGGUGGCGCAGUGAUUUAGCGCCUGCCUUCAGCCCAGGGCGUGAUCCUGGAGACCUGGGAUCGAAUCCCACGUCAGGCUCCCUGCAUGGAGCCUGCUUCUCCCUCUGCCUGUGUCUCUGCAUCUCUCUCUCUCUUUGUGUGACUAUCAUAAAUAAAAAUUAAAAAAAAAAAAAAAAAAACAAGCCUUAUCUAUUGGCACUUGGGCUAAAUGAAAUGUGGAAACUGUAGGUAAGUGAGCUCUCACAGCAAGAAUCGGUACAUUCAAACUAAAAUUUUAAUAUGUUUUUUUUAUUCCGAAGAUCCUAGCAGGAUUCCCCAGAGUUAACACUGGCCCCUGUGCUCUGCUCAGUUUAAUUUUGCCUAAGUGUAAAUCUUAUUCUGUAGAAUGGGAUAGCCUUAAAAAAUAAAUAAAUAAAAGACACCUAC